GGGAUACCAAAAGUCAACGUGUUCAUUGGAACCCGUAGGGGAACUACUUUCCUCCAAAUAAAGAUGCACGCUCCAUAUAUGGUCAAAGAACUACAGACUGAAAAACUACAAACACUUGUUGAGGAGAAAAAGGAGAGUGUAACCUCUGACCUCUGACCUGCUGAUCAGCGCUGAACAGGAUCAGGUGUCUAUAUUUACCUGGUGAGAUUAUCAGCACACAGACUUCCUGUUUUCGCUCAGAGAGCAUCUCACUCUCACAGCAGCAACAUGUCGCUCAGCUUUGCUGCCGGAGGGCCCCCCCCCUGGAGGAACAACAGCCUAGUGCUGGGGGGGGGCCGGGACCCCCCUCUGUCUGACCAGGGAGAGACCAUCAUCGGAGUCUACCUGCUGCUGCUGGGUUGGUUGUCCUGGUUUGGAAACAGCAUCGUCCUCUUCGUCCUGUGCAGACAGAGAGCCGCCCUGCAGCCCACAGACUACCUGACCUUUAACCUCGCCGUCUCCGACGCCAGCAUCUCCGUGUUCGGAUACUCCAGAGGCAUCAUCGAGAUCUUCAACGUCUUCCAGGACAGGGACUACCUCAUCUCCUCCAUCUGGACCUGCCAGGUGGACGGUUUCUUCACGCUGCUGUUCGGUCUGAGCAGCAUCAACACGCUGACUGUGAUCAGCAUCACUCGCUAUAUUAAAGGCUGUCACCCCCACAGAGCUCGGCACAUCAGCAGCUCCAGCGUGUCCGUCUGUCUGCUGUUCAUCUGGAUCACAGCUGCAUUCUGGGCCGCGGCCCCGCUGCUCGGCUGGGGGAGCUACAAAGAUCGCGGGUAUGGGACCUGUGAGAUCGACUGGGCUAAAGCGAACUACUCGAGCGCCUACAGGUCAUACAUCAUCUCCAUCUUCAUCUUCAGCUUCUUCCUGCCGGUGCUCAUCAUGCUCUUCUGCUACGUGUCCAUCAUCAACACGGUGAAGAGAGGCAACGCACUGUCGGCGGAGGGAGACCUGACUGACCGCCAGAGGAAGAUCGAGAGAGACGUCACCAUCGUUUCCAUCGUGAUCUGUACGGCCUUCAUCCUGGCGUGGUCUCCGUACGCUGUGGUGUCCAUGUGGUCGGCCUGUGGCUUCCACGUGCCCAACCUCACCAGCAUCUUCACACGCCUGUUCGCCAAAUCCGCUAGCUUCUAUAACCCCCUCAUCUACUUCGGACUCAGCUCAAAGUUCCGCAAAGAUGUGGCCAUCCUGCUGCCCUGCACCCGGAAUGCCAAAGAUACCGUCCGGCUGAAGCGCUUCAAGCCCAAGCCCGACGCCCACGGCCGCCUCAAAGUGAACCGGACGGAGAAGAAGUACUCGCCCGGGAACCUGCCUCACCCGGCGCCCUGCCCGGACCCUGGGAGGGGAAGCCCACCCCGUACGCCGCCGCCCAUCAACAAGGAAGUGUUCUACAUCAACAUGCCGCGCCCCUCUGAGGCCGACCCCGAGUUCGAAUGUGACAGACUCUGACAACCUCGACGGGGUGGAACCUAAAACUGUGAUCACAUGAAACCGGAAGUCCAAAGUAGAGAAGAAGAAGAAGAAGAAGAAGAAGAAGAAGAAGAAGAAGAAGAAGAAGAAGAAGAAGAAGAGGAAGGAGAAGAAGGAGAGGAAGAGGAGGAAGAGGAAGGAGAGGAAGAGGAGGAAGAGGAGGAAGGAGAAGAAGAAGAAGAGGAAGGAGAGGAAGAGGAGGAAGAGUGACAUGAAGAUGUUUCUGCAUUAAAGAUGUUUCUGCUUUCACCUGACCUCUGUGUCAUUGAGUCAUGUGAUCUGUAGCUUGAACGUGAAUGGAGC